GGCGUCCCCGCGAGCACGCACCCGAGCAGGCCGCGCAGCGGGACGUUUGGAGCCCGGUGUUGGCAGAUGCUGUGGCUGGGGGUAGUCCAGAGCCUCGCCCGGUCCCUGCGGGGCUGAGCCGCAGCUGCUCAGGAGUUUUGGGCUUCAAUGGAUGCGGGAAGCAGUGGGAGUUUGGAAAAUGCAGUGAAAAGGGCCUAUCAUGAUCAGCUUGUUCCAAAGAUAAAUACAAGCAAGAAAAUGUCCACCUUAGCACACCCACCUAACAUCCCGGAAAUGCCACAAGAGAUGAAGAAAAACUGUGGAGAUAAACAGGUAGAAAUCACACCUGAAAGAGCAAAAAUGACAAAAAGCAUCAAAGAAAAACAAAGCAAUGAUUUAGAGAAAGUGGCCUUUAAACGGAAGGCAGAAGGUGAAGAAAAGCCAGCUGGAAAGAAAGAGGCAAAGAUAAUAGAAGCUGACAAUCAGUUAAUCACCAUGCCCCUGCCACGCAUCCCCUUAAAGAACAUAAUGGAUGUGGAAAUGAAGUUGGUCUACGUUGAUGAAGAGGGUGUUAGCUAUGAGUUUGUAGAGUCCUUCCUGUCUCCUGGGAGUCAGCCAACACACCAGGCUGCUGAAAUAGUAGACCCUCUGAGUGUACCUAAUUUCAGCUUUCCGCCUCAGAUUGACAAAUGGCUUCAGGUAGCCUUAAAGGAUGCCAGCUCUUGCUAUAGACAGAAGAAAUACGCCAUGGCAGCAGGACAGUUCAGAACAGCACUUGAGCUUUGCAGCAAAGGAGCAGUUCUGGAAGAACCAUUUGAAGCACCUGCUGACGACAUGGCAAGCGUGGCAAGUUUCAUUGAGACGAAGCUUGUUACCUGCUACCUACGGAUGAGGAAACCAGAUCUUGCCCUGAAUCAUGCACACAGGAGCAUUGUUUUAAACCCAGCGUAUUUCCGGAAUCAUCUACGUCAGGCAGCAGUGUUCAGAUGUCUGGAGAGAUAUUCAGAGGCUGCCCGGAGUGCCAUGAUUGCUGACUACAUGUUCUGGCUCAGCGGAGGAAGUGAACAGAGCAUAAGCAAGCUCAUCAAACUGUAUUGGCAGGCCAUGAUUGAAGAAGCCAUCACCAGAGCCGAAUCUUUCUCGGUUAUGUACACACCAUUUGCGACAAAAGUAAGAGGUGAUAAAAUAGAAAAAGUAAAAGACGUUUUCACGAAAACUCAUCCUGCGUAUGCAGAGUAUAUCUACGCAGAUCUCCAGGCGCUCCACCUGCUGCCUCAGACAGCUGACUGGUCAUCUUUUCCUCCCCAGCAAUAUCUCUUGACUCUUGGGUUCAAAAACAAAGAAGAUGGAAAAUUUUUGGAAAAAAUAACAAGUAGGAAGCUGCCGGUAUUCACAGAGCAUAAAACUCCUUUCGGUCUGUUGAGCAGAGAAGAUACAGUGAGACAAAUGGAGACAAUGGCGAAGCGAAUCUUGCCAAUAUUGGAUUUUAUCAGAAGCACCCAACUGAAUGGGCGUUUUCCUGCAUGCUCAGGUGUUGUGGAGAAGUUGCAAUAUGCCAGCCUCCUCAGCCAGCUGCAGAGAGUAAAGGAGCAGUCCCAGGUGAUUAAUCAAGCGAUGGCAGAGCUGGCAACCAUUCCCUACCUACAGGACCUCAGUCAACAGGAGGCGGAAUUGCUGCAGUCACUAAUGGCAGACGCUAUGGACACCCUUGAAGGAAGAAGAAACGAUAAAGAACGUGUGUGGAAUACAAUCCAAAAGGUUGGACGAAUUGAAGAUUUUUUAUACCAAUUAGAGGACAAUUUCUUAAAAACUAAAAAACUGAGAACUGCUCGAAGGCAAAAGACAAAAAUGAAGAGGCUUCAAACUGUUCCGCGAAGCUAGUCACUAGGGAGCAGGCAUGACCACUAAGACAUCCCAGGAGAGGCAAGGGCAUUAUGACAGCUGUUUAACAAAAGCUUGUCACCAAAAGAAAGAGGUGGUAUUCCCCUCAGUUCGUCUUUACCAAAGAUACUCUAUGUUUCAUUAAUCUCAACUGGCAGCAAUAAAUGUUCUCAGCAAGUUUGACUUGA